GUUGGUAGAGGAUGUGUUUGUUUCAAACGUGACAAAUACAAAUCUCACCGUCCAUUUUCAUUUUUGUCACCUUGGCUGGUUACCCCAACUCUUUCCACCGAAAUCUCAGCUACACCCAUCGUCCUGCAACAAUUUCUCAACUCUUUGAUCCCAUCACCAUCACCAUCUUUCUCUAUCUAUCUACUCUGCAUCUUUUUUUCCCUCAAACAUAUCUUCGCUCAUCCCUUUCACUUACCUCACACCCUCCUCUGUUUUCAUCAUCGUUUUCAAUAUCUCAAUAAGGAUGGGGAGAGUUAAACUGAAGAUAAAGAAAUUAGAGAGCACUAGCAACCGGCAUGUGACUUAUUCCAAGAGGAAGAGUGGAAUUUUGAAGAAAGCAAAGGAAUUAUCAAUACUAUGUGAUGUAGAUAUUAUCCUUCUCAUGUUUUCUCCAACAGGAAAGCCCACAUUGCUGCAUGGAGAGCGCAGUGGUCAUAUUUCCAGCAAUAUUGAGGAGGUCAUUGCAAAAUUUGCUCAACUUAGCCCGCAAGAAAGGGCCAAAAGGAAAAUGGAAAGCCUUGAAGCACUGAAGAAAACCUUCAAGAAGUUGGAUCAUGACGUAAAAAUACAAGAUUUCUUGGGUUCAAGCAGCCAAACAGUGGAGGAUUUAAGUCAUCAUGUGAGGGUUUUACAAUCUCAGCUCACAGAAGUACAUCAGAGACUGAGCUAUUGGAAUAAUCUGGAGAAGAUCAAUCACUUGGAACAUCUUAGGCAAAUGGAAGAGUCACUCAGGGAAUCUAUCAAUCGAGUGUGUAUACAAAAGGAAAAUUUGGGAAAGCAGCAACUAAUUUCACUUGAUUGUGCUAACCAGUUGCCAGAAGGGAUGACUUUACCCUUGAUGAUGGCUGGGCUGCAAGAAUCUCAACCCCUGUCUUGGCUUUUGAAUAGCGAUAAUCAUCAGUUGAUGUUACCCAGCGAACCGAAAUAUCUGCCAUAUAGCAAUAAUAACAAUAGAGAAGCUGAGUGCUCCACUGAUAUUUCACUCCCAGGCUACUCUGGUUAUGUUGGGGGUACCAAACUUGAGGUUGGUGGCUCUCCCCAUGUCACUACCUUGGGUCAGGGAGGUGGUGGUGGCUUCAAUCAGUUAAAUGGAACUGACUACUUAAACGUACAACGUUGCGAGCAGUUUUCAUGCCCUCCACAAGAUAUUGAGGAAGUGAAACAUCAUCAAACGAUGAACAGUAAACCAAACACUCUGGAUUAUGAAGUCAAUAACAACCUUGAUCUGCCCAGGUCACUGUUUGAAAAUGGACACCAGUUUUGGAAUCCUGCUUCUGGGUCUUGUGGAAUUGCCAUGUAUAAUGAGAAUGGCUACCACAGGUAACUGAUUGGCUGAACCAACCAUGCCAGCGUUUUCCACUUGAGAAGGAUGUUAACUGAAAAACAAGACGAUAUAUCUCCACAAGAACCAGAUUAGGUUGUGCCCCUCUACCAAUGAGGCCAACGGCACUCAUAAGAGAGGGUUGCAAUAGCUGUAUAUAUUGUAUUACUAAUUACUAAUAGGAUUCAGUUUGUCCAUAUACAAAUACUUUUGAUAUCUUGACUAACUUGUUUACUGGUACAUUUUUGGAAUUGAUCCAGUGAUCCAAACUGUAAAUUUGAAACUUGUAGAAUAUGAAGUUUACAUACUCUAAGACUAGUGCAGUUGCCUUAGAGAACUGCUUUUGAAGUAAAAUGAGUUCACUACUCAGCAAU